AUGAAAUUCACAGAGGGCAUGUGGCGGACCCGGUCCGGGAUCUCGUUCAACUGGAUGGGAAACGUGGAGAGGCUUCAUGUCAGCGAGGACAACAACGCCGUCGACCUCCUGCUCACGAAGCCGCGGAACAGCCGGGGCGACUCGCUCAACGUGGGCACCGUUUCUGCUCGGAUUCGUACGCCCCUCGAAGGUGUCAUCGCGGCUAGCUUCACACAUUGGACUGGCGAGGAGGAUCGAGGGCCGCAUUUCCCUCUGUUCGAGGCGUCGCCAACCCCGGAGAUCAGCCAUUCCCGGGGACGGGCGCUGGACUACUCGAGUGGACCACUGGGCUUGUCGAUAAACACAGCCCCCAAUGAGCUGGCUUUCACUUACUUGUGCCACUCGAAGCGACUCACGGGGCACUCGUUCCGGUCGAUCGCGGUAGUGUCGUCCUCAGACACCCCCGGAUACCGAAUCGAAGAGGGCAUGUACGCGCAGCAGGACAACUACAUGCUCGUGGAGUUGGAUCUCAGUGUGCACGAGAAGAUCUACGGUCUAGGCGAGCGAUUCGGCCCAUUCGUGAAGAACGGCCAGACGGUCGAUGUCUGGAACGAGGAUGGCGGGACGAGCUCCGAGCUGAGCUACAAGAACGUCCCCUUCUACCUGUCCAGUCGGGGCUACGGCGUCUUCAUCAACAACCCGGGCAAGGCCAUGCUGGAGGUCCAGUCGGAGCGGACCACGCGGGUCAACAUUGUGAUUCGGGGCGAGAGCCUCGAGUACAUGGUCAUAGCGGGCCCGUCACCCAAGGACAUAUUGGACCGCUACACCACCCUGACCGGUCGCCCGGGCCUGCCUCCAGCCUGGUCGUAUGGGCUCUGGCUCACGACCUCGUUCACGACUUCUUACGACGAGAAGACCGUCACCUCGUUCCUGGACGGCUUCAAGAAGCGAGACAUCCCAUUGAGCGUCUUCCAUUUCGACUCGUUCUGGAUGAAAUCAUUUCAAUGGUGCGACUUCCAGUUCGACGACCAAAACUUCUCCGAUGCAACAGGCUACCUGCGCCGCCUGAAGGAGCGCGGGAUGAAGCUGUGCGUCUGGAUCAACCCAUACAUUGCACAGGCGUCGCCCUUGUUCCUCGAAGGUAAAAACAAGGGCUACUUCAUCAUGCGCGCCGACAAGCCCCGGCCGACUGUCUGGCAAUGGGACAACUGGCAGGCGGGCAUGGCCGUGGUGGACUUCACGAAUCCGGCCGCGCGGAGUUGGUACGCUUCGCAAUUAACGAGGCUAAUGGACAUGGGCAUCGACAGUUUCAAGACCGAUUUUGGUGAACGCAUCCCAUUCCUCUCGCACCAGGUAAGGUACCACGACGGCAGCGACACGGAGCGCAUGCACAACUUCUACGCGUACCUGUACAACAAGACGGUGUACGAGACGAUGCAACUCAAGGGCAAGGAGCCGUGUCUCUUCGCGCGGUCGGCGACAGCCGGUGCGCAGCAGUUUCCGGUCCACUGGGGCGGAGACUGCGAGAGCACAUUUGAAGCCAUGGCCGAAACUCUGCGGGGCGGGCUCUCACUCGCGCUGUCGGGUUUCGCCUUUUGGGCGCACGACAUCGGCGGCUUCGAGGGCCUGCCUGACCCGGCCCUGUACAAGCGGUGGGUGCAGUUCGGGCUGUUGGGCAGCCACUCGCGUCUGCACGGUAGUUCGAGCUACCGCGUGCCCUGGAUCUACGACCCGCAAAAGUACCCCGGCGAGGACGAAGCAUGCAGCAAAGUCCUGAAGGAGAGCGUGGAACGCAAACUCGCCUUAAUGCCGUACCUCCUGCGGACGGCGCUCGAGGGCCACCGCAAGGGCACGCCCGUCAUGCGCGCCAUGUUCCUCGAGUUUGGAGACCUUGACAUGAACACGUGGAACCUGGACACGCAGUACAUGCUCGGGAGCGAGCUCUUGGUCGCGCCUGUGUUUGACAAGGCUGGAGAAGUCACCUUCUACGUUCCGGUUUCGAGUAAGGAUACUACCGCUAGUCCAUCCAAGUGGAGGAGUUUCUUUGAUCACGGCAAAACAUACGACGAAGGCCGAUGGUACACAGAGACACACGGGUUCGACACUUUGCCUCUCCUUCUGAGACCCGGGGCCAUCGUGCCGCUCAACCCGAGCCUGAAGGCGCCGGAUGGAGACAUGGCGAACGGGUUACAAGUCCUUGUCAACGGGCCACUGGACGGCGACAAGGUCGUCGAACUCGUCGAGGCACGGGAUGUGUCCAGGGUUUCCAAAUCUUUUACCCUAGACAAAGACCUUGUUGUAAAAGGGAUAGAAGGCGUCCAAGUUGUGGAUGUGUCGAAAGCCUAG